UCCAAACGAAGGAGGCAUUCUAAAUCUGUCUCUCUCCUCCUGGUUGCUCAUCGAUCAUAGCAACCAUGUCUAUUUUAUAUGCCUAUAAGCUUUGCUUCCUCUUUGCUCUGCUGAUUUCGUCCAGCCAUGGCACCGUCGGCAAUGUGGCACCACCGAGCGCCGGAUUCAGUCUGCCUGUCGUGUCCAACCAGGAAACAGCCGACGGGCAGCUUGGCGCGAACCUCACGAGCAUAGGUCCGCACAUAGCACCCGUGGGGUGGCCCUUGUACGGCGUCCUCGUCGGCGUGGGCUCCGGCCAAACCCGGCAUUUCUACAAGCUCGGGCUGGACCUCGUCGGCAAUCUGACGUGGAUGCAGUGCCAGCCCUGCGUGCCCGAGGUUCGGCAGGAGGGCGCCGUCUUCGACUCUGCCGAGUCCCCUCGCUACAAGCACAUGAAGGCAACGGACCCCAUGUGUACGCCCCCCUACACCCCUUCCGUCGGCAACCGGUGCAGCUUCUACACCACCACCUGGAACGUCGCCGCACACGGCUACCUCGGCAGCGACAUGUUCGCCUUCGCCGGUACCGGCGCAGGAGGACACAGCACGGACGUGGACCAACUCAUCUUCGGCUGCGCACACACGACGGACGGGCUCGAGCGCCUCAGCCACGGCGUUCUCGCUGGGGCCCUGAGCUUGAGCAGGCACCCGAUGUCGUUCCUGAGCCAGCUCACCGCGCGCGGGCUGGCCGACUCGCGGUUCUCUUACUGCCUCUUCCCCGAGCAGAGCCACCCCAUCGCCAAGCACGGGUUCCUCCGCUUCGGCCGCGACAUCCCGAGGCACGACCACGCGCACAGCACGUCGCUGCUCUUCACGGGACCGGGCUCCGGCGGCAUGUACCACAUCCGCGUCGUCGGCAUCAGCUUGAACGGGAGAAGAAUUAUGAGGUUACAGCCGGCGAUGUUCACGCGGAACCUUCAAACCCGACGAGGGGGGUCCGUCGUCGAUCCGGGGACUCCGCUGACAAGGCUGGUUCGCCAGGCAUACGACAUCGUCGAGGCCGAGGUCGUGGCGAACAUGCAGAAGCAAGGGGCGCGCCGCGCGAAGGCGCAGGUGCAGGGGCACCGCCUCUGCUUUGUCUCGUGGGGCCACGUGCACCUCCCGAGCUUGACCAUCAACAUGUACGAAGACACAGCCAAGCUUUUCAUCAAGCCGGAACUGCUGUUCCGGAAGGUGACCGCCAGGCUCCUGUGUUUCACCGUCAUGCCGGACGAGGAGAUGACGGUGCUCGGCGCGGCGCAGCAGAUGGACACGCGGUUCACGUUUGACCUCCAUGCCAAUCGUCUCUACUUUGCCCAGGAGAAUUGUAAUGCUGACACCCGGUUCACGUCUAGAUCCUAGAGUAUAUGUUUCUGCGCCGAAUGCAUUUAUCAUUGGUUGGUGCAUGAAUUGUGGGCGAACAGUUUAAAAAUAAUGAAUAAGGCUGUUCAUAGUGGAGAGUAACA